UCCCUCGACACCCCUCUGAGAUCCAGACGUCUGGGUCCCUUGCUGAGACCGCAGAUGCUGCCUUUGCUGAGUUUGCGCCGCACCUCCGCCCUCAGGGGAUCCCCGCUACAUAUCCGGGAGAAGCUGUGGAGGAUUACAUGAGGUGGUACAGCGCUGUGUCCCAUCGGUUCAUCAUCCCUGAUGAUAGGAGGGAGGAGUUCAGUGCAGUGACUGUUAUGCGUCGGGCCGUGGACUUGUUGGAGCAGUCACUCGAGGUGCCAGAUGCUCCUGCAGAGGGCACGCAUUCCCGAUCCCUCACUGAGAGGGCGCUGGAUCUUAUUAGAUCCAAUGCCUUCAUUGGUACCCAGGGGGUAGCCUUUGCUGCUGUCCGAGGAGCUAGAGCUGCAGGAGGCAGAGGUCGUGGAGACAGAGCGCGUGGAGGCAGAGCCCGUGGAGAGGGUGCUCCUGCAGAGGGUGCGCGUGGAGGCAGAGGCCGUGGAGGCAGAGCCCGUGGACCUAGAGGUCGUAGAGGGGCCGGUAGGGGUCGGGGCGAGUGAUUGACUGUAUAUUUGUAUAUUUUUUUUGUAUUUUUAUAUUAUGACAUGUGACUCUUUGUAUUAGGACUCUCUUUAUAUUAAUCAUGCUUUCUAUUUUCACUCAUUA